AUGUUAUACAUGGUGAUAGUGCCCAUAAUACCCGAUUACUUACGUUACAUCGGGGCAUAUACAGAUGAGCCUGUGCCGAUGGCGGGAAACUCGACGAUCGCCCCGGGAGUACCCUACAAACACCAACAUCAUGGGCAAGAUCAGGCCACAGGGAUCCUCUUCGCGUCCAAGGCAAUCGUACAGCUUAUGGUAAACCCAUUCUCGGGGGGCCUGAUCGACCGCAUCGGCUACGACAUCCCCAUGAUGAUAGGAUUAUGCAUCAUGUUCCUUUCAACAGCAACAUUCGCAUGUGGCCGCAGCUACGGCCUCCUCUUCUUCGCACGAAGUCUACAGGGGGUGGGAUCGGCGUUCGCAGACACUUCCGGUUUAGCAAUGAUAGCCGACCGAUUCACCGAAGAGUCAGAGCGUUCCAAGGCGCUAGGCAUCGCGCUGGCCUUCAUCAGUUUCGGUUCAUUGGUGGCACCGCCGUUCGGAGGAGCCCUAUAUCAGUUCGCAGGGAAAGAGAUGCCUUUUCUGAUCCUGGCCUUCGUAUCCCUGCUCGACGGAUUUAUGCUCCUGUUGGUCAUGAAACCGGUAAGAGAUUCAUUCAAAGAAAACAACAAACCCCCAUCGGUGCCCAUCUGGCGACUCUUUAUGGAUCCUUACAUAGCCGUUUGCGCCGGUGCUCUUAUGAUGGCCAACGUCGCUCUCGCUUUCCUCGAACCAACAAUCUCCUUAUGGAUGGAAGACAACAUCACCACCGACAACUGGAAGAUAGGAAUGAUCUGGUUGCCUUCAUUUUUUCCGCACGUUUUCGGAGUAAUCCUAACGGUAAAGAUGGCCAAACAGUAUCCACAAUACCAAUGGAUAAUGGCUGCCGGAGGUCUAGCCCUCGAAGGAUUAUGUUGCUUUCUAAUUCCGUUUUCAAAGACUUACGAAGUCCUCAUGAUCCCAAUCUGCGGCAUAUGCUUCGGAAUGGCUUUAAUAGACACGGCUCUUCUACCGACUCUCGGUUACCUCGUGGACAUACGCUACGUUUCAAUUUACGGAAGCGUGUACGCUAUCGCAGACAUAUCAUAUUCAGUGGCUUACGCAGUAGGACCGAUAAUCGCAGGUGGCGUAGUCGAAGCGAUAGGCUUCACCGCCCUCAACGUCGGCAUAGCCUUCUCUAAUCUUUUAUACGCACCAGUACUCAUCUACCUUAAACACAUAUACGAUUUUAAACCUUUCGAAAACGAAGCUAACAUCCUUAUGUCAGAUCCACCCAAGAAGGAAUACCAAACGUACACGAUGCAGGACCAGAAAAUUGCAGACAAUGAUGUCAAAAAUCAUCUCGAGUACCAGCAACAAGAAACGAAUCUGAGUACUAAUAUGAAUGGAUACUCAUACCAGUCGGACAGCAAUGUUCAACAAUCAAAUGAUUGGCAACAACAGCAGAAUUAUCAACAACAACAACAACAAGGAUACCAACAAGACGCUUUUAAUCAACAGGAAGCCCAAUCGAGAAGUGGAACUGGUCGUGUACUUCCUCAGCAACCCACCCAGAACCCGAAUCCAUUUAGAUCUCAAGCCCAGCCUGGUGUUAAUCCGUUCAGACAAGGAUUUAAUUAAUUAGAUGUCUAGUAUAGGAAUUCAGAGGCUGUUAUUUAAAAUUUUAUCGCACACGUGUACAUAUCACACCAAGUGUUCCUGUUUUAUCGGUGUAUAUAAUACUAUCUAUAUACAGGGCGAUUUAAGGUUGGUGAAUUAUUAGGCGUUUCGGAAAAAUUUGAACUUUUGAAUUCGAGGCUAUUAGCUAUUUAAUUUAAGAAAAAUUGAAUUGGAACUAGGAAUGGAAUUAGGAGCAACAUAAUACAUAAAAUAGUAAAGUGUUAUGCCGUAACAGAAGUGAAUCCAUAGUCCAAAACGUCUAAUAGGCCACCAAAUUUGAAUAACACUGUACUCAGCUAACUGCAUAGUUAUUAAUGUAAUAUUUUAUUAUUCUAACAUUUAAAAAAGGAAAAUGUGAUUUAUAAAGGUAGUUAUAGAGUAACGUUUAUAUUAAUUAUGUUUUUAUAAAUUUUAACAUUUAGGUUUUAAAAUCUAAACAACUGAGAUCGCAUGCAUAUCAGAAUCAAUUGAUUCACUUGUUAACUAAGUGAUAAUAUUUACAGUAUAUAAUAUAAUUAUUAUACAUCAUAAAUUAUAAAUAUAUCUAGGUAUACAUAUUUAUCUAAAGUGUAUUUAAAAGUAGUUUUAGUCAAUAUGGAGAUCUCACAACGUUCGGAACUUCAUCUCGUGACACUUUAAACUCGUAAUUGUCAACGUAGGUAAGUGAAAAAUGUUAUUCCAUUCAAAUUAAAAAUUAAAAGCCAUUUGUAUUUAAUCUAAAAUAAUGACACUCAAACAGGUAGACUCCGUUAUUUUAAAACAUUAAAGAAUCAAGAAGCUGAAAACUGAUCGCUGAGUGGUGAUCGAACUGAAAUGCUUCACUGCAUUCACUUAUCCACUUUUGGAAUGCAACUCAUUUAUAUAAAUUCAUUCAGUUCUAUUAAGACUAUUUUCUUUAAUCUGCUUUCCUUUCUAAGUUUAUCUUAAUCAAAGAUAAAGAAACGCUCUGAAAUUGAUUUUUUCAUUUUGAAACUGUAGGAAAGUGAUCUAAUUUUGGAUAAUGCCUUAUUUUAAAGUCCGUUAACAAUUUUCUACAGUUGAAGUCACAAUGCGAAAACACUCGUAACAUAUAGAUUAUCCAAGGCAAUUCCACUGUUCAGAAUUUUCCAUUAUAAUUAAAUUGUUGUAAAAUGGAAGAAAACAGUAUAGGAAAGUGUAAUUUGAGAAAUAUUUACCAGGAGAGUGGUAGAAUAAACCGAAAUGUUUGAAACAAAGAUUACUAUAUCAGGAAUUUUUUAUUGUCUCAUUCUCCAAUAACGUUAAAGAUAAAGGUUACCAUUUUUGAAGUAGAAAGAAUGUACUAAGGUUCCGUAACCAAAAUUGGGAAUCAACUUAAAACACUUUUGGAUUUUUGGCUUGAAGAACACGUUCCCAAUCUUUAGAUAAUGUUUUAGAUCCAAAAUAAUAAUCCAAACUAAGGCGAUCUAUCCCGGCAAUGGAAUAACACUUUCAAACAAUAAGAUGGAAGAAAAUAUUCAAUCGAAAUUAUUGAAGGAGUCAAAUGUAAAACAUCUGAGAUUAUAGUGUCAUGUCAUGGGAAUAUUUUUGUAAAUAGAUUAAGAUAGCAUGUAAGAUAGUGUUAGAUUAUAAGCACUGUUCAGCCCGCCUAUCACAGCCCCGUCUAUUUUCGUUGUUUGUAACUAAUUGGAUUUUAUUGGAAUAGAUCUCGACUCAAUAUGUCAAUUUAGUAUGUACAGUAGAUGUUCACAAAAAAAAGUCUAUUUUCUCCAGGUAGUAUUUAUAAAUACGACUGAAAGCCAGAAGUAUUGCUCAGAUGUGUAUGAUAAUUCGAACUUGUAGUGUAAUGUACAACCCCAUCCCGAUGUUGUUACGUGUCAAUCCUCACAACAAAGUCGUUAAAUAUGAAAUUUUUGUAAUAUACUGCAUAUUUACAGGAAAACAAACAAAAACAAGUGAGAACUAGUAAAUAAAAUCCAAUGGAUUCAACUGAGCAAAGUAAAAUUUUAAAAAUUUCUAAAAGGAAAGGUGUAACAAAAACCUGAAUAGAACAAUUGGCGUUUUUCAUCGUAGGAGAUCUUUAGAAGUUCUUAAAAUUCUACUUUGUUUUUGGGUUUACUAAACAAAAUGCCCAAUUUAAUUAGCUCUAUUGUUUUAAACGCUAACAUUGGAGAUUAGGAAUCUGAUCUUUCCUUUGCUACCCAUACCGUAUGUACUAAAUGUAUCCAUAAAUUUAUGGCAAUUAAACCUAACCUAACGUAUAUAAUUCUAAAAGGAAAUGUCGGAUUAGUAAUCGCUUCUACAAAACAUGUCUAAAAUGUGUAAUUAGAUGCAUAUCAGCUGAAAGCAAUUACUAGGUUAAUGAUAUUUAUUAGGUAUAGAACUUUCUUGAUUAUAUAAUAUAAUUAAAGAAAGACAAGACAACCUACAUUAGUCGAUACUUGUAAGUACCUUACUACUUAAUUAAAUAGGUGAUUUUGCUAAUAAGGUGCCUAUCUACAUUCGGUCCUGUAAUUUGUAUAAGGUCCUGCAUUUCGUACAAUUAUUGUAACCAUUGAAUACAUAUCGAUGGCGUAUAGCUUCAUUAUCACAUUAUCUAUUGUAUAAAAAAUUAAUCGGUAUUGGAAAAUUUUCUCUUUGUUACAAUAUUUCAUUACGUUUAUUUAUUUUUUAUACAGAUUAAACUUUUAAGCAACUAAUUAUCAACAUAAAGUCCAUUACAAUUAGCUUAGAAACUACAAUUCCUGUUAAACCCCCGAACCAAUGAAAAAAAAUAAAAAAUAGUAAGGAGUGUUACGUAAAUUCGAUUGGCGGGCCGCUCUUCUGCAUUCGCGUUGAAGAAGAAGAAUGAAACGUGAAUGUGUUAUGUGCGUUAAGGUAGAUAUACACUGAGCACGAACACGUUCGAGGUAAGUUUGGAAGAAACGAAUGUUUGGGCUCCGCCUGUCGGCAUUGCGUCUGUUGCUGCGAUCGAUUUCAAUCAGAGUUCUCGAGAAGGAUUUAUUUCGACUUGCCUUAUCUCGUUUCAAACGUGUUCGUGGUUAGAUGUGAACCCACCUUUAUACGACCAACAAACGGUGCGCCAGUAACUCCAGGCAUCUCCAAAAUUUAGCUGUUUGAAUCAAACCCACGAAUUAUUUCAUAUCGCUUGGCUUUGUUACCAUAAAUCAUCAUAAAUAAUUAAAUAGAUAGAAAUGUGUAGCGGUUACUUAUGUUUUAAAACGUGUUACUGUGCAAUAUCAUUAAUUUAAUACUUAUCUACUUGUUGUUACCAAUUACUAAAUGUAAAUUUUUGCGAGUCAAGGAAGUACUUAAUUUGUAAAUGUACCUAUAUAAGUAGAGAGACUCUUGUUGAUGUAAAUAUAUAAUAAUAAUAAUUUUAAGGGUUGUAAUGUACUUAUGUAGCAUCUUGUUUUUAAGUUAUUGUGAUAAUUGUAAUAUAAAUAGAUUUAAAAUGACCACUUUUUUAUUUAAUUAGGUAGGGACACAUUGUAAAUGGGUAUAUGGUACAGAUACACAUAGAAGAUUUUUAUAAUAGCCUUAUAGAUCUCCUCUGUCUUCAGAAAAACAACAAUGAAACCUUUCUCUUCAAAUAUAUACAAUAUUGAGCUUCACAAAACGGGGGCCAUCUAGUGGCAAGUGACGAAGUACUUCGAUUAGGUUAAAUUUAAUUUUUAGGGGUUGAUUUCAAAGAUGCAAAUAUAACAAUGAUAUUUAAAAAUUGUGUAAACAGCACUGCUGUGUUUUUUGCAGUAGCGAAGGCAAGGAUUCACUCGCGCUACUUUUUUAACCAACGACCACUAGGUGGCGUUUCCUAACAGUUGCUUAAUUUGCUUAUUAUACAACUUUCAAGACAUAUUACUUACUGAAAGUUCGGUAGGUAUUUAUGUAUAAUUUCAACAAAAUAAAACGUAAAUCUACGGUAGCUCUCUAGCAUAUCAACACGUAUUCUUAAAUGCUAAAUUAUUAUAGCCUUAUUAUGUAUAAUGUAUAUGAUAGGUACAUGAACAACAUAGCUUUGCCAACUACUCCCUAUUAUCUACAUAAAUCUGUUAAAAUUAAUAGUAUAGGAACAUAAUUAAUUUAUAUGUUAUAUUUUAGUGUUGUUUACGUAACUUUUCUGUAAAAUCUGUUUCUGUUAAAUGUAGUCCUACCAUAAUCAUACACCUAUGGAUACAUAAACUCCAUGUUGUACUGCUGUUAACAUUAUAACUCAUCUAAAUCUACAAUUUUAUUCUAAUUAUUUUGUCGUGUAAAGCUUAUUUGUAGGUAGUAUGUAAG